GAUAAGGAACGUCCAAAAAGAAACUGAAGAUUUGUUAGGGUGUAAAUCAUGAAACUGCUGCAGUUUUUUUUAGUAAUUGUAUACAUAAAAAUAGAGAGAGACAGGAGGGACGAGAAAGCAGGAGUACCAACGAUGGGAUCUUCCAUUAUAAAAGAGACCCAAAAAUAGUUUGGGACAGAAAAUUUGAAAGAACACAAGUCAAAACCAAUAAACUUUUAACGGGGGAGAGAUGAUUUGCGGCGGUGCUUUGGCACGUAUUGCUUCCGGCUUAACCGCCUUCCUCCUCCUCGCCGUCGUUCACAGCGAGGGCAAGUGCAGCAAAACGUGCAUUGUACAGAACUGCAACAGUCUCAUCAUUCGAUAUGGGAAGUAUUGUGGGAUAGGUUACUUUGGAUGUCCUGGAGAGAAACCUUGUGAUGAUCUUGAUGCUUGUUGUAUGACACAUGACAAUUGUGUUGAUCUAAAAGGUAUGACUUACGUUAACUGUCACAAGCAGUUCAAACGUUGCGUAAACAAGCUAAGCAGAUCAAUCAAAAAAUCUAACGGUCAAAAGAUUGGAUUCUCCGAGCAAUGCCCUUAUUCGACAGUGAUACCAACCGUGUACAAUGGAAUGAAUUACGGCAUUUUCUUCAGUAAAAUAGGUAAUAUCCUUAAACCUCCCAUGCUCGGAAGCACGCCUCUCGUGNAUUUGUUCAUGUUUGUGCCUUAUUGUUAG